CAGGACCGUGCCAGACACGCUGCAAGUCUUUCGUUAUCUCACGUCAAACUGAGUCUCUCUUCUUUUUUUUUUCCUCCCCCCCUCCUCAACCACCUCUUCUCAAGUCAUGAAAGCCAUCAGUCCUGUUCGUUCAGUGAGGAGCUGUUACAAGGCCGUGUGCUGCAUCUCGGAUCAGAGUUUGGCCAUCACCCGGAAUAAGCCGUCGUCAAUGGAGGAGCCGGUGGGCGCGUUGUGCGACAUGAACGACUGCUACUCCAAGCUGAAGGAGCUGGUCCCCAGUAUCCCUCAGAACAAGUCCGUCAGCCAAGUGGAGAUCCUGCAACACGUUAUCGAUUACAUAUUCGACCUGCAAAUCGUGCUGGAGGCGGAGACGACGGCCGCGCCGGAGAUGGUCCUGUCAAUAAAGACUGCAGACCUUACCCGCAGUUUCUCCAAAGAAGAGGGGCGGUUGUGCCAUUAGAUUUAUGAUACGACACGGUGCAGGGAAACACAUGUCUCCACUUCACUCCGGGCAAGAGGACAAGAGGGGCAGAAAGGGUGGGAUAGGUAUUUGGAGAGGAGGAGGAGGAGGGCU